GCUCUUAAAAUUCUUAUUUAAAAACCGGUUCUUAGCAUUUUUAGUAAAAAGUUAAGAGACGGGUUCUUAUAUUACGCUAAAAACUCCACAUUAAGAACUCUCUAAUAAUCAUGCUCUAAGUUAUGCAUCAACCAAAGAAGCUAAUAAUUUAUCACAUCUUCAUUACUUUUUAGUUGUCUUAAAUGAAAACAGUUGAGUUUCUUGUAUAAAUUAAUUCCCUAUUUUUGAUAUAUACAGAAACAUUUUUUAAAACCUCACACACAAAUUAAAGAUAAUAAACGCACACACCUGUCAAAUAAUAAGAAAUCUCCAUGGCUCCAUAUAUGUAUAUGUAGAUUGUAGACAUACAUACUCUGAAAUCAUUUUGUGGAUGUUGAAAAUAUUACCAGACUUAUCAAUAACUACCUAGGUCAAUGAUAUAAACCCAUGAUUCAACAAAUUCUUUUUCUAUGUUAACAAUCUUAGUACAUUCCUCAAAGUUUGAUCAUAAAUAAAUUUUUGGGAUAACUUGAUUUUCAAAACAUAUUUUAAUUAUAAGUCAUUGGAGAAAAGAUUUUCUUGUGAUAUAAGAUGUUCUGAUACAUUUGAAAUCAUUUUGUCAAAUGAAAAUUUUGAUGAAUAUUUCUCAACUUUUCUCUUUCUUUUUUUUUAAUUUGUUUAUUAUUAUUUUUAUUGAAAUUUUUUUGUGAGAGACUACUAUUAUCAAUGCUUUUAUUAUCGGUUGGCAUGUUAUAAUCGAUAUAUAUAAAGUUAGCAUACAAAAUUGAUUGUUGACAUCUCAAGCUGUCCUACAUAAAUGAAUCCGUGUAAAACAUUUGUUCAGCAGAAACUAAAAGUUGAAGCAACAUGUAUUUGACAAAUUGGUGGCAUGAUAAUGAAAUUUGUAUCACUAUGCUAAAUUCAAGUCGCGCGACUCUAACCAAUCUUUCACUCCCCGUCAUAGUUUUCAGUAUUUUCAUUGUUUAAAAUGAGAUACAUGACGUUUUAACCGGAGCUUGUGGUAUGGUUGUGAUUAAUUUGAGGGCAAAAACUCAAUAAGGUGAAAUCACCGGAGUUUGAAUUCCGGUCAUUAAAAAAUUAAUAUUUCAGUAUCGUUAGAGACAUGAAACCGACACGUAGUAACACGUGAUUAGUCUGUACCAUUUUUGUGGGGUUAGGAUACCCCGUAUAAUUAAAAAAAAAAAGAUAUAUGACGUUUGGUGUCAUAUCCCAAUCCAUCUAUAGAUAAUACGUGUUAGUUAAUGACAUCUUGAUGAGUACUUGGCAAUUUUUUGGAUGGAUAUAUCCCAACUUGGAAAACUAAAAUGUUAAUACUUGCUAUUAGCUUAAACACUCCACGAUAUGUAUUUCAAACUUUAUAAAAUAUUAGAAGAUCGAUUGCCGGCCUAUAGUUUGCAACUUCAACCCCAUUUUGACUUAAGAGAAAGUAAACUAGGUCCAUAUUAUAUUGUUUUUAAUAAGAUAAGUAUCCCCCAAGCUGUAAACAUCCAACUAUAUACAUUUAUUAUAUAUACACUUAUAAAUUUAUUUUAUAAAUUUAUUUUCGUAUUGGAGGGCACAUUUAUAUCGAAGUCCAUGGACAGCAUCUUGUCUCUUAUAUAAUUUAUUUCUGUCUUGUGUUUUUUAUUUCACUUGAAAUCAUGAAAGCUAAAAAGAUGAAGAAAGAGAGCAACCUAGCAAAACUGGUGAAAUCUCCGGUUCGUUUUUUGAUCAUGGCACGUGAUGCCUACAUACGUAGCAUGACAUCAUGCUCCGCCGGUUACAUUCGUGGUGGUGGUGGCUCCGGCGGUUUCGGUUUGCCGGCUGGUAAUUUCCAAAUCUGCGAAGAACCAAGCACCACUCUCCCUCGUCGCUUCACACUCAAUUCGUCCACGACGACGGCAGCGACACGUGAACGCUGCCGGUUUGUCUCGGACUACUCACGUGGUGGUGGAAAAAUCACGGUGGCGACUGGAGGACCGUUGGACCUCCGAAGAAACUAUAGCUGCAUAGUGAUGGGAAGGAUCGAUGAAGAGAAGGCUUGUGAUAAGUUCGAAGAAGAGGAUUUGCUAUUUGACAAAUUCAAGAAACGAAAAAUAGAUAAGAGUUUUUACUAUACGUCCAAGAUAAAAGAAAAAAAAGUAAAGACCCUUUGAAUUUUUGUUUUGUUUUCCUAUUUCUUGUUGAUUCUUAAAGGGAUUGAUUUUGUUUUCAUUGUUAAGUUGUUGUGCUUAUAGGUUUCUUGUUAGUAUAUAAAUUUCAAUACAUGUA